AUGGAAAUCUGGAGCGACAAAAAUGUACGGUUACCUUGGUACUCCUGCUUUGCAUACGAUUCCCCACGAAAACAAUCCCCCAUACAUCCUGGUGCCAGUCCAACCUCGACGAGAUACAGUCAAGCAUCGGUAACCUCUCGCAAAUACAACAGGAUUUAUCAAACCAAGGGCAUCGGUAGAUCAAAACAGUUCCGUAAACUUCCCCAGGUUCUCCUGAUGGGUCUGGACUCGGCUGGGAAAUCCACUUUGUUGUUCAAACAGCAACGAGGAGUAGUGAUGGAAACUUCGCCAACUCUGGGCUUCAAUGUUGUAACAGUGGAACUGAACAAGAAAACGUCACUGACCGUAUGGGACGUGGGCGGACAACGGUCCAUGAGGCCCAAUUGGAAAUACUACCUUGAGGGAUGCAAACUUCUUGUUUUCGUGGUGGACAGCAGUGACAGAUCUAGGAUGGAUGAAGCUCAGAAAGCCCUUAAGAAGAUUCUCAGUGAUGAGCACUUGAAAGGAGUCCCUCUGUUAGUGCUGGCCAACAAAAAGGAUCUCCCGAACUCCAUGACUAUCAGAGAGGUGUCUACAUUGUUGGAUCUGGACAGUUACACAGACCGGGUGUGGGAGAUCCAAGCUUGUAGCGCCCUGCAGGGACUGGGUCUCCAACAAGCUUUUCUCUCUAUAGCUAAACUAUUAAAAAAGUCAUGA